GAUAAAAUCCACUCGACGACCUGUAAUUACCAAACUUUAAUCAUUGUGCAAAUCCUCAAACUUCGAAACAGACGUAAACUUUGAUUAUCCCCUAUAAAAUGUCCAACAAAGAUGCGGCUAACGUCCCCAUUCGUGAAUUUCCGCCCGACGAUCGUUUUCAACAAUUGGCGGACGAAUUUGCCGCUCAUUAUAAGAAAAAUCCCGACUUCUAUGUCCGCGUACCAGGAAGGGUUAAUUUAAUAGGCGAACAUGUCGAUUACUGCGGAUACGGAGUUUGUCCGAUGGCUUUGGAACAGGAUAUCCGGCUGGCUGUGGGGGUGGGAAAUGAAAAUACACUGCGAUUGCAUAAUGUUAAAAGAAAUUAUGCAGACUAUGAGUGCGACCUUAGAAAUUUUUCGAUCUCUAUCGGAGAUGGAGCACCCAAGUGGCAUCAAUAUUUCCUGUGCGGAAUUAAAGGCAUUUUUGAUAUUUUGCCUAAGGAUCUGGAUUUCAAAGGUAUGAACGUUGUGGUUAGUGGGAAGGUUCCACAAAGUGCCGGCCUUUCGAGCAGCAGUGCCCUUGUUAGUGCUGCGGCCCUGGCAACUGCUCAUAUCAACAAUUUCCCGAUGUCCAAAGAGAAGAUCGCGAAUUUGUGUGCUGAAUGUGAGCGUUAUAUCGGUACUCAGGGAGGCGGAAUGGACCAAGCUAUCGCGUUUUUAGCAACCGAGGGUUGUGCCAAACUUAUCGAGUUCAACCCUUUGAGAUCGACCAAUAUCACACUGCCUUCGGGAGCUGUGUUUGUCAUUGCCCACAGUUUAGCAAAACUCAACAAGGCUGCAACGGCAGAUUUCAAUUGCAGAGUCGUCGAAUGUCGACUUGCCGGCCAGAUAAUAGCGAAAAAACAAGGUUUGAAAUGGAGCGACAUAAAGAAACUUGGUGAUUUGCAACAAGCCCUUGCCGUCGACCUUUCCAAAAUGAUAACUAUUGUUGAGGAAACCCUGCACGAAGAACCUUAUACUAAAGAGGAAGUCGUACGGGAACUUGAAACUACAUCCGACCAUCUGAACGAUAUAUCUCUAACGCAGAACACCAGACACAUCCAGACCUUCAAGCUGAAACAAAGAGCUCUGCAUGUAUUCCGCGAGGCUCACCGCGUCGAGAUGUUCCACGCCAUUUGUAGCAAACCAGCAGACAAAAACUCUUUGCCGACUCUCGGCCGUCUGAUGACUGAAAGUCACGAGAGUCUUCGAGACUUCUACGAGUGCAGUCAUCCCCAACUCGACGAGUUAGUGGAACUGUCUCGGGACUUGACCUUCGGAGCUCGGUUAACCGGCGCCGGUUGGGGUGGUUGUAUGGUGGCGUUGGUGCCCCAAGAGAACGUCGACAAUUACAUGAAGAUGUUGAAAGACAAGUUUUACGUCAAACAUCAGCCGCAGGACAUUACUUCGGUGCUGUUCGCCACGUCGCCUAAGGCCGGCGCUUGCAUUUUUGUUAAAGAUGUCAAUAACUGAAGAAAAAGUUCCUUUGUGAAAGUCUAAUAGAAAUAAAAUUUUAAUAAACGAG